CCUGGUCCCUCCUGUUGUGCCGUCGCUCCAGCCGAAGCCCCCCUCUCACCCCAUGCUUGGGACAAAGCCAGCUCACUGCCAGCCCAAUGACUGCCUGGAUCGUCCUGCCUGUCAGCCUGUCUGCCUUCUCCAUCACAGGAAUAUGGAUUGUAUAUGCCAUGGCUGUGAUGAAUCACCACGUCUGUCCUGUGGAGAACUGGCAUUACAAUGUGACGUGCACAGAGGAGCUGCCCCGACCAGGCCUCCCCAAGACAUGCUGCACCAUCCAGGACAUCCCACUCAUCAGUAAAUGUGGCUCCUUCCCUCCUGAGAGCUGCCUCUUCAGUCUGAUUGGCAACGUCGGAGCUUUCAUGGUGGUGAUGGUGUGCCUUCUGCGCUACGCCCAGGUGAUCGAGCACAGCCACAGAUGUUGGGUCAACACCAGCGCGAUGGUGUCUGGCUGCACCAACGCUGUGGGUCUGGUCAUGGUGGGCAACUUCCAGGUUGAUCAUGCCAAAUCUCUACACUAUGUGGGAGCGGGUGUGGCCUUUCCAGCCGGGCUGCUGUUUGUGUGUCUGCAGUGUGUGCUCACCUACCGUGUAGCUGUCACUGCCCUCGACUACUGGAUGGCUCAUUUCCGGGUGGCGCUGGCACUGGGAGCCAUGGUCUCACUCGUCCUCAGCGGCAUCUUCUUCAUCCACGAGAGCUUCAUCCUGCAGCACGCUGCGGCCAUCUGCGAGUGGGUCUUCACAGUAGACAUCCUGGUCUUUUACGGAACCUUCACCUACGAGUUUGGCACGGUCACCAGCGAGACCCUGAUGGUGGGCCUGGAGCGGAGUCACCACGGCUCCGGUGUUAUGAUGGGCCCCAGGGCCCGGGGCUCAACACUAAGCGGGGCGACUAAGGGCCUCAAGUCCCCGGGGGGGAGCAGCACAUCCACACAUCUCAACUGUACCCCGGAGAGCAUCGCCAUGUUGUAGCUCUGCAUCACUGCCGGAGGAUGAGAAAUGUCCCUGCAGAGGUGCUUCAUGGGCUCACACAGACCGACCAGAGAGAGAGUAAGGUCUGACAUCUUAAAGCAUUGAACCAACACCAGGUUGACCCAACUGUAAAACUAUACUGAUGUUUCAUUUCCACCACCAUUGGUGCAAGCCCCUGCACUACCAUGUGCUGUAACAUUUUCUGUAGCGAUGUUUUAGGAGGGCUGAAUGUGUGGAGCCAGUGUGAAUGCUGGAACCAUGAAUGUUUCUAAAAUGGCUGUGGAUUUUCGCAGUUUUUUAUUGGAAUAGGUUUUGUUUUUCUUUAAAUAACUGUGUCACUGGUGUCAUGGUGGAAAAUGUAAAUUACUGAAACCCACAAGGUUUUUUUCUCCUCCCCACAGACACCCCUUCAAAUGCUUCUGCGUGGCCCACCUGUUCUGGCCUUUAGCUUAUCUCUGCACGGCACACUUUUUUGAAUGAGAGAAUAACAAUUUUGCGUUUGCGUAGUUAGUAGAAAACACUGAAUGUUUGAGAUGUGGGUAGUUAACAGUUAUGUAUGUUUUACAGGCUGUAAGCAUAUGGCCUUUUUUUAAAUCAAUCAAGCAGAAAUUAUCUGUCAAAUGAUUUGGCAAAAAAAUCAUUGAUUUCACCCGACAAUUUGAUUUGAAUGCAACUUUUCAUGGUAUUUUAAAAUCAUUCUACAUAAUAUAUGUAUGUGUAUCUUUAGACAUUGUCAUUCCUGAGGUCAUAAUCCAUUUCACUGACAUAUGCAAAAAACAACGACGGAGUAGGGCCACUUAAAGGGGAAAAAAAUCUGAGACUUUGAGAAUGUAAACAUAACAUUACGAGACUAAAGUCAUAAUUUUAUGAGAUAAAAAGGUUUAUUUGGAGCUGGAGUUCCAAAAUCAAGAAAUUAUGAAGAUCCUUAGAAUAAUAAUAAUGUGACCAACGAUAGACACAUACAGUCGACCACUACCAAACAAUCCCUCCUCCACACAAAAGGCUGCUUCCUCCAAGUCUGUGUGGCUCUUUAGACAUAUGUUGCACAUCUUUUUGUCCUGGUACU